CCCAAGUGUAUUUUGUUCGUUUCCUUCCACAAAGAUGCACUUUCUUUUUCUUUUAGUUUCUUUCUUCUAGCUUGUCAAUUAUUGAACUCUCUAUCAAUCAGCAGAAAGAAUUGUGGUCUCUACUAAUUAGCCGGAAAGCGCUUUACCGGAACUCUGACGUUGAUCUCGCUAUAGUAGGAGGAAGCAAGAAGAAACGGGCAGUGGUUUGUCGAUUACUUGGUGAAAGGAAGCUUCUUUCGAUAUUUCUUGUUCAUCUCUGCUGAAAACAGCUCUUGCCUCUUCCCGCUGAUCAUGCAGCAGCAUAAUCGGAUUAGGGUUUGUAUCGUCUCUUUUCGUUCUUAAUUUUGUGAGAAACUGGAAAUCGAAGUGCUCUUUAAGUUUGUGUUUUUGCCACUCGGUCUUUACUUGGUGGUAUGCUGGCCUUGGAUGGUUGAAUCUGUCCUCUUCCUUUUGUCGGUUACUAAAUGCGUAAUGGGUUCUGGCUCUGGUGGGGAAAUGAUCAAAUUUGAAUUGUGAUCCCACUAUGGUUGCUUUGACACUUAUAAGUUUCUUGUCUUCUCUGGUAUAAUCAAUUUAAGACCUUCUUUCUCGAUUCUGUAGUUGAAUUCUUGUUAUUGGUAUGGUUGUGCAGCCUUUAUCUAAAGCUUUAAGAAGCUGCUUCUAAAGUUCAAGUUUUGACCAUUGACCAGUCAGAAUCUGGUAUGGAGUUCUACUAUCGACUUCAUAAGUUCUGUCAACUGGAGUCAAGAAAGUGGCUCAUCUUUGUUGGGGCAGUCGCCAUUGCUCACUUACUGUUUCAGCCCCUAUUGUUUCCAUAUGGAUACGCCGUUCGGACUCUUCUUCCCACAGCCCGUGAUCCCGUAUUUGAUGAAAGCAGGGUGAUCGGGACAGGGCAAUCUUCCAUCAAGUCUGGAGUUGCUCGGAAUGCUUUAGCAGUUGAUGCAUCAAGUGAGUUGAAAAUUGGCCUUUUUGCCCAGAAUGAGACUAAAUCUGAUGGUGCUGGAGACGUUAGUCAUGUCAGUGAAGUGAAAGGACAUGGUGGAGAUACAGAGAACGGUUUAGCAUCGGAGGAAGUAAACUUGGAUGAUGAUACUGCUGAACUUGCUGUAGAUAGAGAUGUUGUUGAUGAUGAUGAUGAUGAGGAUGAUGUUCGGUUGGAGAAUAUAGUUGAUGGAAAUGAGGUUACUCAAGAAAAAGAUUCUGUUCUAGAGUUGCCCAGUGAAGCCAAAAAGGGACUUCCUCCUGUGCAAGAUGUAACUAGCAAGACCAGUGAAGCCCCUGCAGCUUUGUCUCAAGCUGUACCUCCAACAACCGGUGCUAGCCAUUUGAAAGAAAACGGAGCCUCCUCUAUUGGUUCUGCGGUUGUUAAAGGUGCCUUUACCACUUCAAAGAAUAAUUCUGCUGGAGUUAGUAACCCUGUGAAGAAAAAAAUUAAGGCUGAGAUGCCACCAACGUCAAUUACAACAUUUGAUGAGAUGAACCAGUUGUUAGCCAGAAAUCGCCAGUCUUCACGGGCAAUGAGACCAAGAUGGUCCUCUGAACGUGAUCGGGAGAUUUUGGCUGCAAGUUGGCAGAUCGAAAAUGCACCUGCCGUGGUUAACGAUCCAGAUCUUUAUGCUCCGCUCUUCAGAAACGUUUCACAGUUCAAAAGGAGUUAUGAGCUCAUGGAACACACACUCAAAGUCUAUAUCUACAAGGAUGGAAAGAAACCUAUCUUUCAUCUACCGAUAAUGAAGGGAUUGUAUGCUUCGGAGGGAUGGUUUAUGAAACUAAUGCAGGGAAGUAAGCAAUUUGUUGUGAAGGACCCCCGAAAGGCUCACCUGUUCUACAUGCCAUUUAGUUCACGAAUGCUGGAAUACACGCUGUACGUACGAAACUCUCAUAAUAGGACAAAUCUACGGCAGCAUCUGAAGGAAUACUCAGAAAAGAUUGCAGCUAAAUAUCCUUUCUGGAAUCGAACUGGUGGAGCAGACCAUUUUCUUGUUGCCUGCCAUGAUUGGGCUCCAUAUGAGACGAGGCACCAUAUGGAACAUUGUAUUAAAGCCCUCUGCAAUGCUGAUGUCACAGUAGGCUUUAAACUAGGAAGGGACGUAUCUCUUCCAGAGACAUACGUUAGAGCUGCAAGAAAUCCUCUCCGUGACCUUGGAGGGAAGCCACCUUCUCAAAGGAACAUUCUUGCGUUCUAUGCCGGAGGCAUGCAUGGAUACCUCCGUCCAAUUUUAGUCAAGCAGUGGAAAGACAAGGACCCCAACAUGAAGAUCUUUGGUCCUAUGCCUGCUGGUGUAGCGAGCAAAAUGAACUACAUCCAACACAUGAAGAGGAGCAAGUACUGCAUCUGCCCUAAGGGCUACGAGGUUAAUAGCCCACGAGUCGUGGAAGCCAUCUUCUACGAAUGCGUGCCGGUUAUCAUAUCGGACAACUUCAUUCCACCACUCUUCGAGGUCUUCAAUUGGGACGCCUUCUCGAUUAUACUCCCGGAGAAGGACAUUCCUAAUCUGAAGGAGAUUUUGGUCUCCAUACCAGCAAACCGAUACAUGGAUCUGCAGCUCGGGGUCAGGAAGGUUCAAAGGCAUUUCCUUUGGCAUGGUAGGCCUCUGAAAUAUGACCUCUUUCACAUGACCCUUCAUUCGAUCUGGUACAACCGAGUUUAUCAGAUAAAACCACGAUGAGAGCAAUAGAAGGUUUUUAAGGGAAGUGAACAUCAUACUUUCUUGGUUUCCAAAGAAGUUUGUGCACAUAGCUAUUGUAGAAUUUUUUGUUUUUUAUCUGAUUUGUUGUCCCUAUUGAUUUUUAUUCUCUUGGCUUGUGGGUAAAAUACCUCGAAUACCAUUUGAAUUUGAUAAUUAGGUUAGACAUACCACUUACGUUUGAAUAGGGCGUCGAGUACCACUAAGGUCGACAUUGCAUCCGUCUACUUUUCUAUCUCAUCCAAACUUUUAAUAUUUUUUGGUACCCAAAAUUUUUAAAAAUAUUCAAAACUAUUUUUCAACAAGUUUUAUGUAAUAUAAAAUUAUAGGGAUUUUUCCAAAAGUAGCACUGUUUUUAAAAAGAAUUCUAAAAAUAGCACCCAACUCCGAAAAAUUACAAAAAUAGCACCCUUUUUGCAAAACUUCCACCCGUACCAGCGGUUUAGGCGAAAACUGUCAUCCGAGGGUUCGUUUUUCGAUGAAACCGCAUUGGUAGGGGGCGGUUUUACAGACCGCACCCCCACCAUGCGGUCUGCUUUUUUUUUUUUUUUGACAAAAUCCUAACUUAGGUGGAAACUUCAAAACGAACGUAUCUUUGUGUUCGGGUAUCCGAUCGUCGCGAUUUUUUUUUUAUUCUGCAUAACCUUUUGAGAUCUUGCAAGCCGAAGGUGGUUUGGUCCCGCAUUCGUCCCAAAAAAUGUCGUUUGCUACCCUGAACGAGCUUUUUUCCGAUUUCGUCACACUUUAGACAACCAUAACUUUGUGCUCCAAAAUCCAAACAGCAUGAAUUUUUUUUUUUUUAAUUCGCAUAAAUUUUUAAGAAAUACAACUUUUAUCAUAGACAUAAUUUCAAUAUGUACGUGGAUUGCUGAGAAGAGAAGAUAAGCUAUUCCCAAAAUCCUGUAUAUCCAAAAAUAAUUUCUGUUUUGAAAAUUCAUUCCUAGUAAAAAUUGUAGUCCUUAAAAAGUUGUGCGAAAUAAAAAAAAAAUUCAUGUCGUUUGGAUUUUGGAGCACAAAGUUAUGGUUGUCCAAAGUUUGACGAAAUCGGAAAAAGGCUCGUUCGGGGUAGCAAACGACAUUUUUUGGGACGAAGGCGGGACCAUACCACCUUCGGCUUGCAAGAUCUCAAAAGGUUAUGCAGAAUAAAAAAAAAAAUUCAUGACGAUCGGAUACCCGAACACAAAGAUACGUUCGUUUGAAGUUUCCACAUAGGUUACAAUUUUUCAAAAAAAAAAAAAACAGACCUCAUGGUGGGGGUGCGGUCUGUAAAACCGCCCCCUACCAGUGCGGUAUUCAUCGAAAAACGCGCCUCGGGGUGGCGGUUUUGCAGAAAGGGUGCUAUUUUUGUAAUUUUUCGGAGUUGGGUGCUAUAUUUAGAAAUUUUUUUAAAUAGUGCUACUUUUUGAAAAAUCCCAAAAUUAGAAUACCUUCUAAACAUAUCAUUACUAAAAUGGCUAAUCACAUUUUUUUCAUAAAAUAGAUAAAUUAAUAAAAAUAUUAAAUGAAUAUUAAGAAAAAUAAUAAGUACACUAGAAUAUAAUAAUAAAUAUUUAAAAUUAAC